AUGCGGUUUGGAAAGAAGGGAAAGCUUAGUCCAAGGUUUAUGGAACUGUACGAUAUACUGGAAAGGAUCGCACUGGUAGCUUACCAGAUAACCUUACCACCAGAGUUGGAGGGAACACAUGAUGUGUUCCAUGUAUCUAUGUUGAGGAAGUGCAUUCCUAACCCCACUCAUGUCUUGACUUACAUACCCCGUGAGUUGGAUGAGGAUGUUGCCUAUAUGGAGUAUCUGGAGAAGAUUGUUGAUCAGAAGGACCAUGUUCUCCGCAACCUCACAGUUUCCUUCGUCAAAUCCCGUCAAAAGAGCUAUGCGGACGCCCGCAAGAAAGACAUUGAAUUUCAGCCAGGAGAAAAGGUAUUUCUCAUGAUAUCUCCUACUAAAGGUUUGCAAAGGUUUCACAGAAAGGGGAAGUUGAGCCCAAGAUACAUUGGACCAUUUGAGAUCUUAUCCCGGGUUGGCUCAGUAGCCUACAUGCUUGCUCUGCCACCUUCGCUUGGGGAUGUUCACAAUGUAUUCCAUGUAUCCAUGCUAAAGAGAUACGUGCAUGAUCCAUCUCAUGUACUACCCGUGGAACCAGAGUACCUAGAAGCUGAUAUGACCUAUACAGAACAGCCAGCUGAAAUUUUGGACCGGAAGGUGAAAAUCCUUCACAACCGCUCCAUUUCCUAUGUAAAGGUGCGAUGGGCUGAUCAUUCACUUGAAGAAGCAUCUUGGGAGGUAGAGGAUGAAAUGAAAGCCAAAUACCCUCACCUUUUUGAUCAACCAGAUGCCUUCCUUUUGUAUAGCGAGGCGGUUCUAGGCACUGGGUUGGUUGCCGCUGUUAGACCCAGGGAACAAAUGUUAUCCUCGCUUGGUCCAAAUGUUCUUUUGCAAUCUGAGGGGCGAGGAAGUAGGGGAGAAUGA